AUGUCCCAGAGAAACGUAAUUCUUACAUGCCACUACAACAGUGUUUUUUCAACAAAUAGCCCCGACGGUUUCUCGUUCAGCAACACGGAUACAUACGCGGUUAAAAUUCAUGUGAAUUCUGAUUUUUUCCAUUUAAAAGAUAGAAUGGAAAAAAAAUUGACACGAAGCGUUGAGGAAAUAUUUUAUCGCCAUCCAACACUUAAUGAAGACGAGCGUACAAUUUUUUACUUAAUGACGCCGAUCAGAAACGACGAAGAUGUGAUUGCAAUGUUUCGGUGCCACACGAUGUUUGGUAACUUACAUACAAUUGAGUUGUAUGUCCGACUACUAGACAACCCCGAAACAUUUCCAACACAAGAGACACAGUCACACUGCUACGGAUACAGUCAAACAUCCGACGACGAACCAAAACAAAACAACUUCCCUUUCAUACCAAAUGAGGAGGUUGGAGAAGCAAGCGACGACGAUAUUCAGGAGGUCAGGAUGCAAGAUAUUUUUGGUGACAGUGAUGACGAAGACAAUGAAGAUAUGGUCGUAACGCCGAUCCGUGCACAACCCAUAAGUUUGUACAACCCGCCUGCUCACAUGCAAAAUAUAUAUGACGAACACGACGAUACAACCUCCGUGUUUGGAAAUGCUACUCAAAACCAUGUAGGUGACGAAAUCGAGAUUGGGAUGGAGUUCGAAAACAAGGAAGCUUGUGUAUUUGCUCUGUAG